AUGAAGGUAGCAAUGAUUGCCACGACCUGGUGGCUAUUCACCGGCCUGGUGUUCGCCACCGCCAGUCCGGAUCUACAGCAGAGGCUACAGGAUCUCGACACUUUCAUACAGAACCUGAUGACAUGUAAGUCCAGGCCUGUAGUCGGACUGACCGUGUCCGUGGUCAAGGACGGCCAGACCAUUUUCGCCAAGGGGUACGGCCAAAGGGACCUGCAGACCGGACAAGCUGUGGACAACAGGACUCUCUUCGGAGUCGGCUCCAUCUCCAAGUCCUUCACCUCAGCCCUGUUAGCGGCCAUUCUCGGGGAGAGGGAAGACGUGAGCUGGGACACCGUCCUGACGGACAUCCUGGGGCCGUCCUUCAGGUUCAGGGACCAGUUCCGUACCGAAGAAGCGACCCUGAGAGAUCUUCUGGGCCACAAAACUGGUCUGGAAAACCUUGGCUUUGUUAUUCGGAUGGUAGAAAACAUCGACAGAUCGGAACUGGCAAGGUUGGUUGUUGUUGCUAGUUAA